CACUCAGUGGUGAAGUCACACGAAGCGGAAACUUGCUGUGUGACUGGAUUAAUGAGGAACUAUCAAUGCGGGAAAUGAAGGGAGAUUCGGCGAUUUCUGCGUGAUUCCGUCUCUAAAUCCAGUGAACUGCAGUUCAGGCCGCCGCGUUAUGGAGUCCUGCGGUAAGGAGGAACCCAAAGGACCCGUGCUGCACAUCGUGGUGGUCGGCUUUCAUCACAAGCGAGGCUGUCAGGUGGAGUUCUCCUAUCCUCCGCUGAUUCCUGCUGAAGGUCAUGACAGUAAUAACCUGCCAGAGAAAUGGAAGUAUCUUCCCUUCCUCGCUCUGCCUGACGGGGCACACAAUUAUCAGGAAGACACGGUUUACUUCCAUUUACCGUCUCUGAAUGAAGAAAUGAAGUGUGUGUAUGGAGUCUCCUGCUACAGACAGAUAGAAGCAAAGGCUCUGAAGGUGCGACAGGCUGAUGUCACCAGGGAGACUGUGCAGAAGAGUGUGUGUGUGCUCAGCAGAGUGCCUCUGUAUGGUCUAAUCCAGGCCAAACUCCAGCUCAUCACACAUGCCUACUUUGAGGAGAAAGAUUUCUCUCAGAUAUCCAUCCUAAAGGAGCUAUAUGAUCACAUGAACGGUUCUUUAAGAGGCACCACACUGGAGGGCUCUCAGGUGUAUCUAGGAUUGUCUCCCCGGGAUUUAAUACUGCACUUUAAACACAAGGUUCUAAUUCUCUUCAAGCUGGUCCUGCUGGAAAAGAAGGUCCUGUUUUAUGUGUCUCCUGUAAACAGAUUAGUGGGAACGCUAAUGACUGUCCUCUCUCUAUUCCCUGGUAUGAUUGAGCACGGGCUGGCCGACUCCUCCCACUACCACUGUAAGAGCAGCAUAUCAGAAACCCCAGAAAGUCUUGACCCAGCCAGGAUCAGCCCCAGCGCUGGAGAGCUCAACCCUAAAACUGACUCUAAAACUGACAUUAUUGAUGCCACAGAUCGUGAGUCUAGUGCUUUUGACCAUUCAGACAACCAUACGUCUGUGGCUGACCAAUCGCAGCCCUCCGCUAGCCCUCAGGACCGCCUUCAGCCGCAUCCCCCAUCACACACAUCGCCGGACUCUUCUGAGAGUGACUGGGAGACGCUGGACCCGAGCGUGUUGGAGGCUGGGGAGGGAUCUGAGGGAUCAGUAAAGCAUCUAGAGGCAGAGUCCGGUGAGCCAAUCACAGUGCAGCCCAAGUCUGUCACAGGACAGGGUCAGCUGACCCAGGGGCUGGUGUCUGGACUGGAGGAGGACCAGUACGGACUACCGCUAGCGAUAUUCACUAAGGGUUACUUGUGCCUACCCUACAUGGCCCUGCAACAGCAUCACCUUCUGUCUGAUGUGAGAGUACGAGGCUUUGUUGCCGGGGCAACCAACAUCCUCUUCCGUCAGCAGAGACACCUCAGUGAUGCCGUUAUAGAUGUGGAGGAGGCUCGUAUCCAUGUAGAUGAUCCAGAGCUGCGCAGGAUGCUGAGUUUAUCCACGGCGGACCUGCGCUUCUCCGACUUCCUGCUCAAACACGUCACGGAGAACAGGGAGGAUGUGUUUCUGGAUGGAACGGGCUGGGAGGGAGGAGACGAGUGGAUUAGAGCACAGUUCGCUCUGUAUUUACACUCUCUUUUAGCCUCUACACUACAGCAAGAUAAUGAGAAGCUGCUGGCAGAUUACAGCUCGGCCUUCAUCUCCGCCUGGAAGAUUACACACAAUUACAGAGUGUGGUUCAGCAACAAGCAUCCAGCCAUGGCAGAAAUUACUCCAGGACAUCCAUUCCAAGGCCAAUACAGCGUGGCUGAUGUGAAGCUGCGCCUUUCUCAUUCGGUGCAGAACAGUGAGCGUGGGAAGAAGCUGGGGAACGCUGUGAUCACCACCAGCCGCAGUGUGGUGCAGACCGGGAAAGCCGUAGGUCAGUCAGUGGGAGGGGCUUUAACCAGUGCAAAGUCUGCCAUGUCCUCCUGGUUCUCCACACUGGCUCAGCCUGCCGUAACCAGUCCAGCUCCAGACUCUACAGCAAGCAAACAGUGACCUCAUUUACACCUCAGUCAGCACUCUAAACACUACUGCUCUCCAUCAUUCUCCAUUCUGACUAUAAUCCUGUAUUCAUCUGGGCCAACAAGAUAUUCAUCAUAGCAUUCAUUUACUUUUAUCAUGUACCUUUUAAUUCAAAGGAGCAAUCUGAUUUUAGUGGUCAGCUUCAAAAUGUUCACCAUGGUAGGUCUUCUACAUCUGCUUCUUUAAGCAUCAUCUCUAACCAUGAGAGUAUUGUGCUGAAGCUAGCAGCCUUAAGUUCUUCAGAGUCGUGUUAAACAGGCCUGAAAAGGCCAGGCAAGUCACGCAAAACGUUGUUUUAAUAUACAUUAAAAGCUUCUAUUUCUACUGGACUAACUAAUUUAGCAAUGCCUAUCCACAAAAAAAAAAACAAAUUUGGAAACAUUAACGUCAUUUAUGAACCCUUUACUGUUAAUCCGUUAAUGUUAAUCCGUUAUGUUAAUUUUAAUGUUAAUUUUUUUCCAGCCUGACUAGAAGAUAAGCGUUUCUUUUUCCUUUGAGAGUCUGAAGGCUUUCGAGUAACCAGUUUAGAUUUAGUGGGUUUUGCACAACGAUAAGUUAUAAUUGCUACCAUUACAGCAACAGCAUGUGGCAAUGGACCUUCAUUUUGAGUGCAUAUAAUGGAAGUAAAUUAAAAAAAAAAAAAAACUUCCAUUGGACACUUUAGACACUGCAGUUUUCACAUUAUCAGUGUAAUUAAAUUUGUAUUCCUUUCUAUAUUCUUAAAACAUUUAUACAUGUUUAUUUUUUUACACAGGCAUUGAAUUGGUUUAUUCCCAUUGUAUGUACUAAAGAUUACAAUUUCAUUGGCACUUACUGUUUACAUAUGGCACCAAAAUGCAAAUUACCCCCCUGAAAUGA